ACGAUGUAUAACACAUUACAAUACAAAGUUUGUUCGUGAACUGUAUUUAUCAAUUCUGUUUGAAAGGAAGAGCUUAUCAAGUUGCAUUAUAGACAAUUAAAUCUUCACACUCCAAAGGGGUCCCAUGACAGCGAGCCGUGGUGUAGCACUCAUAAUAGAGUUUUGCUAUUUCGUCUUCAGUGUUGGAGUGAGUGGCUACUGUGUCUUGAAGUAAGAGAUUAUAUUUACAUUAAGGGAUUGUUACAUCAGUACACAAAUAACUAAUCAUCUUAAAAGUCAGUCAUUAACAAUUAAGACUACAACAACCGUAAAAACAGCCGAAAUGUGGCCAGUCCUUGCAGUGAUUAUAGUAUUUUUUUUCUACCAUCUGCUGAAGACAAAAGACUUACCACCUACACAUGGUGUGUACAACUUAGCGGGUAGAUCCUUCUGGUUAAAAAAGGCCGUGUCUUUCUUCUAUGUUAAAAUCAGAAGAUGGAUUAUCAAACACAGAUUCGACCUAUAUGACAUCAGUCUAUUUACAGACUUAGUGAAGAGUGGAUGUAUGCCACCAGAAGAAGAAAUAACUUUGGAGACACCACAGUCAUCAAACCAUUUAGCUGGUCAUUCAGAUGAAAUAUUUUUCUACGGAGCGAAGUCUACUGGAGAAUGUCUAGUUGUGAAGUUCUCCAGACUGCAGAACAAGAUGGCAGAAGUCAUGGUAUUAUUAAAGACAGCUGACGGCAAACAUUACAGUUAUCCUGAUGGACCAACACAAAUAAUAUUCACUGGAGAUAAUAAUGACUUCUGUGGAGGAGGUUUAAAGUUAAGAUGUUUGAGUGCCAUGCGAAAAUGGAGGAUUUCUUUUAAUGGUCUUUUGAGAGAAACAUGUCUGAGUACUGAAGAAUCCAAAGUAGUUCAUGUCAAUUUUAGUUUUAUUUGGUUAGCUUUGUCUAAUAUUUAUGACUUAACCAAUGAUAUAAGCGUAGAUGAAAUAUCCGAGGCAUUAGCCAAAGAACCAUGGUCUGGGUAUUUACCAGAUAUCAACAGCUUGGAAAAAGCAUUGGACGUGUAUGAACAGGGAGGACAACUUCUGGGCAAUGUCAAUGUGGAGGGACUGGAAGAAGAAUUUAUCUUAUGGGGAACAAAAAGAAGAAAUUUAGGAUCCUCAGUCGAAUUUCAUCGCAGUGUCGACUUCUUUGGCUUCAUCAAUAAUGGCAAUAUGUUCCACAUCAGUGCCUCAUCUUUACCAGGAAUUGUGUCUAAUCUUGUGUGUGGUCAUUACCUUCACUCCAAUGGCAUACUUUUCCCCAUCAGAUCCUGUAACUUUAAGCUUCCUUUAAUAGCAGAAAAUGGACAAAUACCUCAUUUUGAGAGAUUUACCUUUAAAGCAGGUCAAAAGGAGUAUCAUUGUGCUGUGAAAAUGAAAAUUCAUUGGUGUGAUUUUGACAAUGGAACAACCGAGCAACACAUCAAAUAUUGUAACAUUACUCUGAGUGGUCAUGACGGAAUUGGACUGUCUAUGUUUGUGUACAGAACAAAGGAACCUCGAAAGCUCCCCAUUAAUAACUCACUACAUACUUUACAUAGUCAAGAAGCACUCAUGAUGAACCCAGUAGUUUUAGAUUUUGAGUGUUCAAACUGUCAACAAACAAGACUCGCGGGAGGAAAAGGUUCUUCUUUAGCCAAAUUAAGUGCAAUAUCUCGCCAAACUAACUCUUUCAUUGUCCCAAAAGGUGUGGUUGUUACCACUUCAGCUUAUAAAGAAUUUAUUAAACAUGGGAAACUAUGUGAAGCAGUAAUGAACCUGGAGGAAGUGGCUUGGUGUCAUGUUACAGGAAACUUAAACCAAAUCUGUGAACAAAUGGUUUCUGAUGUUAGUAAAACCCAGAUUCCUGGAGACAUGUCUGAAAUGAUUAAGGAGAAAUUGCUGUCAGUCUUUGGAAGAAAUCUAAAUAAAUUCAGAUUUGCUGUUAGGUCUUCGACAGUCGGAGAAGAUUCAAACGAGCUGUCAGCAGCUGGUCAGAAUGAAACCUUCCUGGGAGUUAAAGGAAUUAACAAAAUCUUAGAAACUGUGUCCAAAUGUUGGGCUUCUCAGUUUUCUUACACUGCCAUUGAGUAUAAGAGACAAAAUGGUCAGCUGUUAAAUUCUCCCAUGGCUGUGAUCAUCCAGGAGAUGGUUCCAGCUGAUGUUGCUGGAGUCAUGUUUACCUGUGAUCCAGUGACCAAUAACCCAUCCGUCAUCACCAUUACAGCUAAUUAUGGACUUGGCGAGACUAUUGUCUCUGCUGCUGCUGAACCUGAUACUAUCUUCUUAGAUCGGGACUACACCAACAAGUUAGUAUACCGAUCUGUUAACAUUGGAAAGAAAAACAUCUGUUAUUUAGUAGAAGCUGACGGUGAGAUAAAAGAAUCUGUUUCAACCAAAGACACCUCACAACCGUGUCUUUCAGAAUGUACUGCUUUGGCUCUAGGAAAAAUUGGCGUCUUAGUUGAAGAGUUUUUUUCUAGCCCCAGAGAUAUUGAAUGGGCUUUGUUUAAUGAAGACAUAUACUUACUUCAAGCUCGACCUGUGACAUAUUCUAAUACAGAAACAGAACUUGAACUAAUUCAUGAAAUGGAUACUCCUCUGCGAAGCGAAUACGAAUAUCUUUGUAAAUCAAAUGUUGGCGAGGUAAUGCCUGGGGCUACAAGUCCCUUGGGACUUUCGGUUAUAUUAUACGUUUUUGAGACUUUCUGGAAGAUAAUAUUAUCUAAUCUCGGUUUUCCAAAAGAACUAUUAACCUACUACUGUGCUAAAGGUUUUACAAACAAAUAUAAUCACAUGUUCUUUAACAUGACUGACUACCCAAUUUUUGGCGAGGAAAGUGCUAUAAGUGAUGGUUGUGAAGUGGCAUUAUUUGGACGGUUAUUACGGGAUAAUAAUUUAAAACAACGUAUGAAGGAACGACACAGCAUGACUGAUAUUUCUUUAUCAUUUAAGUUAAAGUAUUUGAUCUUUGUGGGAAAGGACUUACUAAAUGCUAAGCACUUUCUAAGCAAAGUACAGAAAGAAAAUGUUGAUAUAGAGCUCCCCUUGAAUCAUAAUGAGGCUGAAGUUAUGUAUAAGUUCAUUGGCCAACAUCUUAUUGGUGUUACCAAUAAGCCUAUUGCAUGCCACAAUAGCUGUACUGUAAAUUCUAUUAUGUGGAGUUCACUUCUUUUAAACAUAUUAAGUUCAGCAGAAAAAGAGUGGAAUGACAAAGUAUUUUCAGAUUUCGGGUACCUUCUUUCUACUUGUACCAAUGUUGAAAGUGUUGAUGUACCAGUAGCUUUAAGGAAAUUGGCACUGAUUAUUAGUGAUGAAAUUGAAAAAGAAGAGUUUUUGAGUAUGACACCAGAGACUGCACUAAGAUGGUUAAGCAUUAAUCAGUCAACAGCAGGACAGGCAUUUCGAAAUUUUCUUCACAGGCAUGGACACCGUUGUGUAAAGGAGUUUGAUGUCAACUCCAUUCCCUGGGGAGUAGAUCCAAAACCUAUUGUCAAAAACAUUCAAAGCCUAAUUGGGAAUAUUAGUCAUGACGUCACAGAGAAAAAGGAAGUCAGUUUAGAAAAAGCAUUAUCCAAACUCCAGGUGUCUUUACGUUGGUGGCAAAAAUGGGUGUUGUGGUUCCUAUUACCGCGAGUAAGAAAUGGUGUGCGACUAAGAGAAGCUUCCAAGUCAAUUUUGAUUAAGAUGUUUAACGUUAUGCGCCAAGCUUACAGCCAUCUGGCAACACUGAUGGUAAAAGAAGGACGUUUACCUGAUUCUCGCCUCCUGUUUUUCUUAACUCAUGAAGAAAUUGGACGACUACUUCAAACCCGAUCAGCAAAACUCAUUGCUAAGGCAGUUCGUCGACGGAGGAUUCACCCUCAGUUAGAUGCCCUGUGCUUCUCUGAAAUAACCCAAGGAAUACCUAAACCUGUAAAGCAAACAAGCAGAAAUGAACACAAUUCUUCAUCUACUUUCAUAAAAGGUACAGCAGUAAACAAAGGUAUUAUACUGGGUCCAGCUAGAGUGGUGACCUCUUUGAAGAAUGCUUCUGAAAUACAGGCAGGUGAUAUUUUGGUCACCUACAGUACAGAUAUUGGAUGGAGUCCUUAUUUUCCUCUUCUCUCUGGAGUUGCCACUGAGUUAGGAGGCCUGAUUUCCCAUGGUGCUAUUGUGGCUCGAGAAUAUGGACUUCCCUGUAUAGUUGGACUUCAUGGAGCUACAAGUUUCUUCAAGUCUGGAGAGAUAGUUCAACUUGAUGGGAACAGUGGAAAAUUAGAAAAACUUAUGGAUUAAUGUGACCUCAGUAAGUGACUAUAGAUAUUGGGAAUAUUUCUCACAGAAAGAUAUAUCUUUUGAUAGAAAUCAAGAUGUAGAGUUUUAACUUAUAAUUGAAAAAAUAGAUAUAUUCAUUAGAAAGAAAUAAACAUACUUAUCAAAUU